AUGGGAUUACUAAGUCAGAGGAAGUGGACAUUGAGUAGCUCUCAACAGACAGGCUGUGUUGUGCUCACCGUACCCAGCUUCCCAUGGGUGGGCAGCCGAAUGCAUUUUGGGAGAAAGCAGGUCUCGUGGAUAAUUUUUCUGAAGAUCGGAGCAGGUUGUCGGGUCCACGUUGGCCAUGACUGCAACACGCUCCGGAGACAGCAGGGGGCACCCUGGAGCUUCGCAUCCUCCCUCAGGCCCGCGGCAUCUCCCCUGGCUCCACCCUCCCCAGGCGCCCAGAAGCCAGGUGUCUCAGCAGCAGCCUUGUGGCUGUGCCUAUUCUGUGCCCUCCGAGUUCUAGGCUGA